AAAAAGGGCUACGUAAUCUCAGACGUUUAAAGCGUAUCUACGUGUUUCCGGUGUCGUGGCGAUCACACACAGUUUUACACAUCACACAGAAAAUCAACCGAAAAACAGCAAAAACAUGAUUUCAGUAACGGAUUCACAGAAGAUUGGGAUGGGGUUGACGGGUUUCGGUGUAUUUUUCCUCUUCUUUGGAAUGAUCCUGUUCUUUGAUAAAGCACUCUUGGCAAUAGGAAAUAUCUUGUUUGUUGUAGGUCUAUCCUUUGUUAUUGGACUGGAACGAACAUUUCGAUUCUUCUUUCAACGGCAUAAAGCUAAAGCCACUGGUUUCUUUCUGGGAGGAGUUGUUGUGGUGCUUAUCGGCUGGCCAAUCACAGGUGUUAUUCUUGAGGUCUAUGGAUUUUUCCUGCUUUUCAGAGGUUUUUUCCCAGUCGCUGUUGGCUUCAUCAGACGAGUGCCUAUACUUGGAUCCUUACUGAAUCUUCCUGGUAUUAAAGGAGUAGUGGAUAGAGUUGGCGAGAGUAACUCAAUGGUAUAACAGUUACCAGUUUAUUUUCUUUCGUUUUUAUUUUUCUGUGAGUGUCUCGUAUUUAUAUUUGUAAAAAAUGGCUUGCAGGCCAACACUAUUUGAAUGACAGACAUGAGGUUUUUUAUACCUGUGGAGAAAUGUUUUUGAGACUCAAAAUCAACCAAACCAAGUUAAGAUGAUGAUGUUGCUCCAUCAUGCGUCUCUUCAGGAGAUACCAGGGACCAGUGCGCAUAUGAGAAACAUCCCAAUAAACAAAUCAUUGACUGCUGGGAGUUUGUUACACCAGUACAAUGUUACUGAGAGAAACCAUUGAUUUCUGAAUCAAGGUGUUACUUUUUAUUGCGCUUUUAUGUGCCAACUGUUUUGUUUUGUUUUUAAUUGUCAAUAUUUGGAGUUUAAUUCUGAGUUUUUUCAGCUGAGCUCCACGUGCUGGAGUGGACUUUUCUUCAUCUCUUCUUGAUCGCGAGGAACUUGCGUGAAAGAUGCUGUUCUCGUGAAUGACUGACUUGUUUAAGUAUUUGUAAAUACUUGAAACGCGAGACUAAUGUACAUUUUUACAGACAAAGAUCCUGUUUAAUAAAUGAAUUAUAUUCUUGA